AUGGAUAGAAAUGCAAAUGCAUAUAGUGAAUUAUUUUAUCAUUGUGUACAAGUAUUAAAUCAAUAUGAUAAUAGUAUAUCGGAAGAAACAUUUUUAGAACAUUAUUUUCAAGAAAAUAAAGUUCCUAAUGAAACAUUUGUAUCAACAAUAUUAUUUGAUUGUAUACGACAUUCAACAUUACUUAAAACUAUAAUUGAUAUUUUUUAUGCUACAGAUGGAAUUCAUAUACGAAGAUCAGAACAUAAUAUUUAUAAAAUUAUUGUUUAUCUUAUUUUUUUUCAACUUGAUACGGUUGGAUUUAAAUUAUUACGUGGUUUUAUUAAUUCUGUUCAAUUAAAUCGAAUCUAUCAGUUUUUAAAAUUUUUAAUCAACGAAAAUCAUCUUGAAACAAUUCAAAAAGAAUGUAUGAAAUUAUACGAACAAGAAUAUAUUGAUGAUAAAAUUGGUCGAGUUAUGAAAACAUAUCUACCAGAUUUACGUGGUAUUCUACUUGAUCUUACAGAUGCUAUUGAAGGACGUACAGCAGUACGUCAAAUACCAGAACCAACAAAAAUACAACCAUUUAAUCUUACUGCACCAAAAGCACGAAUUGUACCAAUACCAAAAAUUAUUCCUAAAUUAGAAAAAGCUCGUACAAUACCAAAAACAACUUAUGAACCAUCACGAGAACAUAUUGAAUUAGAAAAAAUUCGUGAAGAUAAUCAUCGUCGUGGUUUAAAUAAAUUAGAUGAAACACGUACAUUAAAUUGUCAUUUUUUACAAACAGAAAAAUCAUCUAAAACACAAAAAAAAUUAAGAAAAAUAAUUGAAGAACGUGAUAAAAAUCUUCGUUUUGAUCAUUUUCGUGCAAAUCCACCACCAAAAACUGAAACAAAUAAAAUUCCAGUUAAAUUAAAUGUUGCUACGAUAUUAAAAGAAAGUCAAUUGUAUAAAAAACAAGAAGAUGAUGUUCGUCGACGUUUAAUGGAUUUUGAAGCUGGUGGAAAAGAUGCACAAGAAUUCUUUCAAUGGCAACAAACAAUGCAAAAACAAGAUUAUGAUGAACAAAUGAAUAUAAUUGAACGAAAAAGAUUAGAAGGAAAAAUGAGUUAUGAAGAAGCUAUACUUGCACGACAACGUUUAGUAGAUGAAAAUCGACGUUUAGCUGAUGAAUUAAAACGUCAAACACAAGAAGCUAUUGAAAAUCAUGUUAAAGAAAAAGUUAAAGAAGAACAACGAAUGAAACAAUUAAUUGAUGAAGUUGUUAAUGGAAGAGAAAAUGCAAAACUUUCUCAACAAAAACUUCAACAAUAUAAAGCUGACUUUGUUAAACAAUAUAAAGAAGAAUAUAAACAAUUAAUGAAACAAGCUCUUGAAGAGGCUGAAGCAGAAAUGCGACAACGUGCUGAAUUAAUUCAACAAAUUCGUGUUCUUGAAUCAGUUCCAAUUGAUCGAUGGAAACCAGUUGAUUUAACAUCGAUUGCUGGACAUGGUGUACAUGAUGAAAUGUCCAUAGCUGAAUUACGUGAACGUCUUGAAUUAAUUAAACUUGAACGAGAAAAAGAACGAGAAUCACGACGUGAUCAUAUAGUUAAAGAUAAACAAGUCAAAGAACAAAUGAUUACAAAUACAGUACAAAAUAUAGUUAAAUAUCGAAAUGAAUUAACUACACAAACAGCUAAAAAGUAA